GGCGGCGUGCUUCCACAAACCCUCUUUGUGUUUCCACAAAACCUCAAUGAGCGGAAACGGCACCGGUUCGAGCGCAAAAAGCUCCGCAGCGUCUGCAAAGCGGAGCGCCGGGGAAGCGCGCGCCUCGGACGCCUCGCUCGUGCCGCGCUCCCGUUUCCCCGCGUUUCUCGCCUCACGCUCUGGAACAUCCUCUCUGUGGCUCGCCAACGAGGGCAAGGAAGGAAAACUUAUUUUUUUAAAGUCGCUUCACGGUUAUUUUUGCGCUCCUAUCAGCAGUUUAUCGAUCGCUUUUCGGGGCGCACAUCUGCGUUCGCAGCUCUCUCCCUGCGAUGAGUUGUUUUUUUUAGAGCUGCAAAGUCGUGUUGGCGGCGCCGGCAGGUUUAUGAUUUGAGAUGCGCGUUUUUUUUUUUUUUUUGGUUUUGUUUUGAGGUGCGUCUUUUUUCUUGAGAUGCGCGCGUAGCGUUAACUCCCCCCGAGUUCUGCUGCGGCGUGUGUUGCAUUUGCGCACCUCCGUGUGGCACCCCCACCCCACCCCACCCCCCACAGUGCCCUCCAACGAUGCCCUCUGAGCGCAGCCGGGCUGAGCUGCUCUGCCUGCUCUGCACCACCUCCUGCUUCUUCGUGGUGGAGCUGCUGCUCAGCAGGGUGAGCGAGUCGCUGGCCGUGCUGUCCGACUCCUUCCAGGUGCUGUCCGACGCCCUGUCCCUCUCCGUGGCGCUGCUGGACCUCCAGCUCUCGCGCAAAACCCGAGCAGCGCACAAGAAGAACACGUUCGGAUGGGUCCGAGCGCAGGUGAUGGGCUCCCUGGUCCAAGCGGUGUUCCUCAGCGCGCUGCGCUUCUCCGUCGUCCUGGACGCGGUGGAACGUCUGACGGAGCCGCGCGCCAUCAGGGCCCCGCGGCUGCUGUUCGCGGUCGGCGUCGCCGGGCUCCUCGUGAAGCUGCUCGGCCUGCGCGCGCACGCCCUUCCGCGCGGCCGCCGCCGGCGGAGAAGCGCGGGAAGCAAAGCGCGGGCGUGCGAGAGGGCGCGAGACCAGCAGGAGACCAACAACCUGAUGAUGGAGGACUGCAGCAGCAGCUUCUAUAGUUCGAGUCCCGGGCGGGAGAUUAGUGCGCUGGAAGCCUCACAGAUGGAAGACCUGGACGUUCACAUGAUUGCCUGUGUUCCCUGUGAGGAGUCCACCGCUGAUCUUGACUUGCGCAGGCUUUUACUACGCCUGCUGGGUGUCCUGCUUGGCUCUGCCACUGUGCUGAUCGAUGCCGUUGUGUUUACUUUCGUGUGGCCAUCCUGCCCGGAUGGGGAGAACUGUCCCAACCCUUGCCUCAACACCCACUGCAGCGGUCAGCAGCACAUCCGCUCCACAAUUUCAGACACUCCGACUAAUGCUGUAAAGACUUCUCUCUGGCCUUGCUGGGUGCUCUACCUGGAUCCCGCCCUGUGCAUCCUAGUGGCGGGCAUCCUGCUCUGUUCCACCUACCCGCUGCUGAAGGAGUCCGCCCUCAUUCUUCUGCAGGCCGUUCCCAAGCAGAUCGAUGUGUCGCGGCUCGGCGGGAAGCUGAGAAAGCUGGAGGGCGUUCUGGCCAUCCAUGAGCUGCACAUCUGGCAGCUGUCAGGCAGCCGACUCAUCGCCACAGCUCAUAUCAAGUGCCAAGGUCCGGCCUCCUACAUGGAUGUCGCCAGGCGUGUCAAGAGCUUCCUCCAUGAUGAGGGUGUCCAUGCCACCACUGUUCAGCCGGAGUUUGUGCAGGGUGACUUGGGUUUGAACCUCACUCAGUGCGAGCUUCCUUGCCUGGCCCAAUGUGCUUCUAAGCUCUGCUGCAGCACCCAACGGAAGCAUGGACUCAGGGCUAAAGAGGACGAGGACUAGCUAGAAUGUUCCCAUUGACUAUAAUACCCCUACUUGUCCUGGGAAGAGUCACGCUUCACUGCCACUACUGACAUCCUGGUUGUUGGUGGGCAUGAUCACAGAGGGAGUACUGAAGUCGCAUUACAAUACAAUACGUACAACAGGAGCUCACACAAGGCCACUUUAGUAUAGCUCUGAAUAUUCUACUUUUAUUAAAAACAUGUCAGGAUGUGAUUAAUAUAAACAGUAAUAACUUUAACCAAACUGUAACUGAUGCUUGGAGUCUGUAACAUGACAAUAACUAGUGAAUGCAAAUGUGUAAUUUUCAAAUGUUAUUAUAUUUUAUUGAAUAUAUUUCCCAGAUAACAUAAAACAUUGCGUAAUCACUUGAUG